GACAAUGACUUCAUGUUGGAAAGGAUGGCCGCAAAUACUAACAAAAUUGACUCUACUUUUUCCUCUUAUUUUGAUCCACGGAAUCAAGGAUUGUACAGCACAUGGGCCUCCAUCGGAGGAAACAAGAAGAAUGUUGCAAACGUCAGAAAAUCCUAUUCCACAUCAUGAAGAAAGUCGUAUUCCUCACCCGGAUACGAUAAGUUUGAAAAAGUCAUCAACAUUAAAUGGCCUGAUUGACAGGUUUAUCUGGUUAAACGAGAGGAGGCCAACCCAGCGUGCCACACCUCAGAAGCCCCGAGAGGAGAUUGGAGUGGAGAAAUCCAGAACAGCACAGAGACCUUUUGAAAGCAGGAGAGGGCUCGUCGCAGUACAUAACUCCAUCGAGUCCAUUUUGAAUUUCAAAACCAAUCCGAACUUGGAAGAAGCGAAAGUCACUCUGCGAGGUAAUGUAUUUCCCAGAGUUCUUCGUGAUCAAGACAAGAUACUACAUGGAAAGGGGGAAUCGGUAUCGAAAAAGUUAUCAAUACCAAAUAAAUAUUGGGAGACUUUUCAACGAGAAAAAAAAUACCGUGAUUUAAUACCGCGCCCUAAAAGACAGGAAGCUGCCGCAAAUUUUCCUGGAAGAAAACGCACAUUAGAUUAUUCGGAAGAAACUUCCACGAUCUUAGGACGAAAAACCCUGUCGUACUCCGAGCCUACAUACAGACCGAGCACUGGCACCCAUUCAGGUGAAAAAUUGUAUACUGACCCACGGCGGCUAGUGUCGAUCCUAGGCGACCCGUUACCGUAUAAAAGAAGUAACAUUGCCAAUCAAAAGGCGCGUUCUGUGAGGUCUAAAAGGGUCCAGGUGAGCAUAAAGGAACGUAAAAAGAAGGCGCAUAGAAAAAAGCACUUCAAAAAACCCUUUUUGCAUAGCUGGCGCUUAGAAAGCUCAGAUUGGAACAAACAAGACAUGGACGAGUUUUAUUCCCAGGAUUUUGAUUCCAAUUAUUUGGAUGGAGAAUUAACCAGGAGAGAUAAAAGUGAACAUAAAAUGUUAGAGCGUCUCUUAGAUGACUCCUCGCCGUCUUUCGGGACAAGAGAUGAGAAACUCGAGGAAGAGUCUACAAUAAAACAGAUUGAGGACCUGAGUAGGCAGAGUACAGCUCUGUCUAAAGAAUACGACUUCACAGAUCUACCGUCACAAUUCGCCAACAUGGAGGUCUCUGAAGGAGACUUACCUUGGUAUGAUCAAAUCAAUGAUGGUGGAGUAAAUGUUCGAAAAUCGCGAGUUACGCGAAGGAAAGAUAAAAAGCACCACCAUACGAGGGCAAACUUGCGAUUUGAGAAGCGAAAUUUUCCCAUUAAGUUAAAGACUAGGUCUAGUUAUCACCAGGCCACCUCAUUAUCUCUUCCCAGGCAACGGCGAGACAAACGUUCUUUUCAUCAUCAUCGUUAUUAUCACCAUCACUUAUGGCCACCAUCAGCUCUGCAAGUGAGAAUGUUCCCUUAUUAUGAUUAUCCCUAUGCGAUGGAUAACAGUGAGUCAGGUUUUAUACAUUUUCACAGAUUCCCCACCUUACAACGAUAUCCUAGCCUGCAGCGUUGGCCAGGAUCCCCAAUGUCAUCGAUGGCAGAGCGUUUCAUUCCUUUCCCACGUUUACCAAAGAUAAGUGAAUUCUCACCAGAUCCGCUGGAGAGACUAGAACGAUUACCACCCCCUACACCAAUCCCACCGGCCAUAAUGGACCAAGAAGAAGCUGGGACUCGAGAGGACGAACCCAUUGACGAGUUAACUCCCUUACCCGAGCCUAUUCCUGAGCCGGAACCGCCUCCGAUACCUGAGCUUGCCUCUAUAAAAGAGAUCCCCCCCAUUUCAGAGCCUCAGGAAAAAGCUCCUGAUAAUCUGGACCCUAAGAAGACGUUUGAUACCGGAGAAAGCAAUGGCGGUGUCAAAAAGAGCACUUCUCGUCAAUAAACAGACGAACAACAGAAGAAACAGAAAUGGUGACAAAUAGUUUUGACAAAAAUAUCUUAGGAUCGACUAGGAAGACUCACUCUUCAGGUGACAGUAGUCCUGAAAAGGUCUGUUUAACACGACAACGAUUAAUGUUUGGAAAAGCAGAGGAAGUCGUCAACAGUCAGGAAGAAUCGUGAAAAUAAAGAAAGUUCAGAUUAACACAAAGACACGUUCAACGAGGGUGGUUUACGAUAGUGACAAAGAUUGUUUAGUAUGUUUUCCAAAAAUACACGAGUCUACUUCUUAGGCUCUUUUUUCAUUCGCAUUAAAAAAAAACCGGUAAUUGCUCUACAAAGAUCAGUACUUUAGAAAAACAAGUGACAAGGAGGGCGAGAGAAGACUAGGGACCAUAAUCAAAGGAACAGUCUCAUCGAUUAAAUAGAAAGCUUCGGGGGCUAAGGUUUCUAGUAAACCACACUGGAAGCGAAGGUUUGGGAUAAGGGAACAAUUGAAGCUCAACUCGUUCCUGGUAGCAUAAGGUGUCAGCCGUCUGUUCGCCCCAGUCCCUCAUGAAGCUCCUAGGGAUUAGGGGAAGAGAUACCGGCGGCUGACGCUUCAGACAAUGUUCCCGAGAUCUUUGGCCAUGAAAUGAACGUUAGGCUCAGUGAUACCUAAGAAUGUCCCGACAGUAGGCUUGCGAAGUAGUAACCACUAUAAAAGUUUUAAAGACUUUUAUCGGAACUGAAACCAAGAGUCGGGAUGCGAGCUAUAGGCUUCAAAUAAUGGGGAUCGAAGGAUAGUUCUUAUCACGCAAGGUAACCAUCAUGUUUCGGAAUUUUCCCUUGCCCCUCACAGACUUCACUAACCAUUUUGUAACUGCUAAUUCUGUCAUUAUUUUCUCAAUCCUGAUGUCAAUUAAACA